CCUUUUACGACGAAUGUAUCUUGUGUAAAACCUCUUUCAUUUAUUACAAUAAUUUCUUUAGACAUACGCAAUCAUAAUACUGAGCGUUAAAGUUCUUAAAUACGGUAUACCUUGACUUAUUAAUGAACCCUUCAUUAAUUUAUGAAAUACAUUGGUACCUACGCAAUGUAACUGGUUUUCAAUUUUCGCCCUACGAGACACCAAUAAGGUAGUAUUGUACUGUAACCUCCUCCGUUGUUGACAUUACUUGGCUGAAUGAAAUACAACAAUAGUGGUUAAACAAGAAAAACUUUGCGUGAUAUUUAAAAAAGGAAUGAUAAUCGCGCUUAAUUUGGCCGGACCUUCUGAUUAUUGAUCAGUGUAAGACUGGACCUCAACAGUGGAUAACGACUCGAGCAAAAUGUUUAAAAUGAUUGUUUUAUAUUCAAUAGUUUCGGUAUUAUUUAUUCAUGGAAGUUCUGCAAAGGUUGCACCAUCGUACAUCAAGACAUGCCCGGGUCUUAAAUCAGACUGUUUGAAAAAAACCAUAGAAGACACAUUGCCUCAUUUCGCGAAAGGGAUUCCCGAACUGGGGAUAGCUCCUAUCGAUCCAUUGGCAGAAGACCACGUCAAACUCAUUCUUCCAGGAGGAUUCAAGGUCGAAUUACAUAAUGGAACUAUGACCGGACUGAGGAAAUGUGACAUUGAAUCUGUUUCGUACGCAAACAAUGAAGCUAAUAUGUUAAUGCACUGUAAUCUUACGAUUAAAGGAGUUUAUAAGGCGUCUGGAAGAAUAUUGAUUGUAUCCAUCAAUGGUGAUGGAGAUGCUAAAAUUAAAAUCAAAAACCUAAAGCUCGUAGCCAAAAUAAAGUUCCAAGACAAAGAAAGAGAUGGUGUUAUCUAUCAUGAAGCCAAAGACUUGAAAAUUGAGCAUGAAUAUGGAGACAAGGUUAUCUUCAGCUUAACGAACUUGUUCCAAGGAAACCCUGAAUUAAGUGAGGCGGUUCUACAAUUUUUGAACCAGAAUUGGAAACAAAUAGCGGAAGAGUUUGGACAACCCUUAGUAGAUAGGCUAGUGAGUAUUGUAUCUAAAAUUAUUACCAAGUUCUUUACUGUUGUACCUAAAGAUGAACUGUUUGUUGACUAAGUAAUUGUAAUUUGAAAUACUUUAAGAUUAGUAUUGUAUGUAGAGUCAGUAACAAAUGUUUAUAAAUAAAAAGAUUCCCAAAAUACUUUAAUUAUUUUUUUUAACUUCACGGUACAGCUAUAUUCAUUGGUGCAAUUAUCAUUUAAACUUAUUAUCGCAAAGAGUAUAAGGUAGUAAGUGUAAUUGAAAUUGAGAAUCAAUUUCAAUUUACCUUGGACUUCACUUUUGUUGCUGACUGUACUUAGUCAUGUAAAUUUAAUUAAGCUGAUAAGUUGAAAUUAAUAUAUUAUGUAAAUUGACAUAAAAAUGUGAAAUAAAUUUGAAUAUAUGAAAUAAUCUGUGUGUGGUAAGAUGGUAGUAAUAAAAAUAAUAGUGUAAAUAUUAAGA